UUUUACGAAAGACGAUGCAUUUUCCCAGUUCUUGUUCGGAUGGAAUGGUGACACAAUGCGAAACAAAGAGCUCUGGUUCCAAAUUCGUCUUUUAAGCAACAAACUGCGAGAAGAUCACUCGAUCAGCGAUGGAGGCGUGGUGUGCGUAUCGAUCCCAGCUCAGACGAGCACGCUCCAGCUAAAAUAUCAAGUCUACCGACAGCUCAAUUUGGUCCACAUUGUCGACGACGAAAAGGUUGUCUUUAAACUUCGCGAUCCUAGCGGUGCUUUGAUUCCCCUUUCUAAUCAGUUGGAAUCUAACGACAGUGCUCGUCCUUUCAUUCUUGAAGUCGUAGACAUCCACCAGCACAUUUCUUUUGAUUCAGUUGAAGCCACCGAUUGGCAAACCCCUGACAUUAACCGCACGGAGAAUUUGACAAGCCAAAUCGGCUCUCUGAACGAUCGCGUUGAAGAUUUGGAACAUAGGAUGGACGAUUUAUCGGAAGAUUACGCGGAUAAACUUGCGGAAGAAUUACAAUUUCUAUCGAAUCAGACGGCAGAUCUUAAAAAAUUGAUGGUUGAUGUUAAAAACGAAUAAAUAU